AAGGGGAGUCCUUUCUUAAAUAAGCACAUAGAUGUGUGAAUCUGUCAGACUUCACGUUUCCAGGCCAUUACGUGAACAAACAGCAGAGGUUCAUGCCUCUGCCAGAAGGGCUUGUGUAACUUUGCUACUCCGCCAGGAACUUUAAGAAUUCAUAUCCUCCGCCUUUUUCCACUCCAGACACCAGCCAAGCAAGAGGAAGAUGUGAGACGGCUUCACCAUCUCUCGUCCGUGCAAGCUUUUAUUUAAUCUAGCUUGAUUUCUUUCUUUUCUUUACUCUAUUUCCCUCUCUUCUCACCCACCUUUUGAUAUUUAGUUUUCCACUUUUUUAUUUACCGCCUGAUCCGCACUCAUGCCGUUUUGUACAAACCCUUGUGGAGUCAUCUGUUAUCUAUCAUAGAAUUUUCAUUCGAAUCGCCGUCAGCUUAGGAAUGCACUGUACGCAGUAAACGUCUUACAGCGAGAAACAAAACACCUUUUACACCAAAAGAGCCCAGCACUAUAAAAAGAUGAAGCCAGAUUUUGCAAACGUGUCAGUUUCUCUCUCCGUUCUGUUCUACUAUAUGACCUGCUUUUUCUCAAAUGCUGAUUGCCAGUCACAGCCGCAGCAUCUCUCCAGACAAGGGAACCAACCUCCUGCGGGUCUUUAUAGACAAAAAAUCCAAUGGGAGAACAACGGCAGGGUCUUCAGUUUGCUGAGCCACGGAGCUCAAUACCAGCCACCAAGGAGGCGAGAGCAGAGCUCCAACCAGCCGCCUUCUCACCCCGUUAUUUUACUGACCAACAGCAACGGCAGCAGCGCGGCAUCGCAGCCUCGACCGUCCAACAGAUCGAAUCCUCAGUCCACCUACUGGUUUCAGCCCGGUUACGGCGGGGCCAACGGUCAAGCAAGACGGACGGUCAGCAGCCAGCAGGGGGGUGUAGGGAACCCCACAGCGGGCCCAUCGAGUCGGCAAGACGGCGCCCCCACAGAAAACCAACCUGGGGACCAGUCACCCCAGCUAAGCAAUCUGAGGCCGGUGGACCAGAUGGCCGGGGAUGAUCCCUAUAACCCCUAUAAGUAUACGGAUGACAACCCUUAUUACAACUACUAUGACACGUACGAAAGACCUCGCCAAAGCGCCCGGCAGCGGCCCGGUUAUGGCACCAGGUAUUUCCAACACGGUCUUCCAGAUCUGGUGCCAGACCCGUACUAUAUACAAGCCUCCACAUAUGUUCAGAGAAUGGCGAUGUAUAAUCUUAGAUGUGCUGCAGAGGAAAACUGCUUGGCAAGCUCAGCCUAUUCAUCGCAAGUCAGAGAUUAUGAUACACGUAUGCUACUGAGAUUUCCUCAGCGAGUAAAAAACCAAGGAACAUCAGACUUCCUGCCGAGCAGACCACGUUAUUCCUGGGAAUGGCACAGCUGCCACCAGCAUUUCCACAGUAUGGAUGAGUUCAGCCACUAUGAUUUAUUGGACGCCAGCUCACAGAGAAGAGUUGCUGAGGGGCAUAAGGCAAGCUUUUGCUUGGAGGACACCUCUUGUGACUAUGGCUACUACAGGCGAUAUGCCUGCACAUCCCAUACACAGGGAUUAAGUCCUGGAUGUUAUGAUACCUAUAAUGCAGAUAUUGACUGCCAGUGGAUUGACAUUACUGAUGUAAAGCCAGGAAACUAUAUACUCAAGGUUAGCGUGAAUCCUAACUAUCAGGUACCAGAAUCGGAUUAUAACAACAAUGUUGUAAGAUGUGACAUCCGCUACACGGGUCAUUACGCAUAUACAUCAGGCUGUAGACUUUCAGCGUAUUAGUCUUCUUGAAUAAUGUGUAUGAAUCUGUGCCAAAGAAUGAAGCAAAAACCACCAGAAGAAAUUCAACAUGGACACAUUUUACUGCACAAGGACUGCUUCUUUGUAGCAAAAAUCUGCAACUGGAUUUCAGCAGAAAAAAUUCAAUAUUUAUAGUACAAAAACUUUGGUUGUUAAACAUUAUAGAGCUAAGAUAUAAAAUGAUCAAAAGACAUGAAGAAAUAUUUCAAUUCUUUUUGUGUUUGUUUUUUUUAUUGUUUAUGCUUUCAUGUUUCAGUAUUGAUUAUAAACUGCUUUCUUACUUGAUGCGAUAUAUGUGAUCAAAAAUAUAAUUAUACGUUGUGUUAUAGUAAUCUGAACAGUAUGGCAGAACUCCAGAAAGGAAAAUCAUGAAACAACAAGUUACUCAACUAAGCACAUUUUUCAAUAAAUCUUUAAGGAAAUACUUUAAAAAAUUUAAAUAAAUAAAUGCACAACAGAAAAGGAUAAUGAAUUUGGUAAAAUUGCUUUGUCUAUAAAAUUUUACUUUAACUAGAAAAAGUUAAAUAUAAAUCAUAGGCUUUUUUAAAAAUUUUGAGCAUGAUACAAAUUUUGUUCAUUUAAGUUGGCUCAUCUGGGUUUAUAAUUCUGAAACUUUGGAAAAAGACAGAUGCAUAUUGCUCUCUUGAACUAUUCAGUAAAGUCAUUUAACAGGGCACAAAAACCACUUAAGCAAUGUAUGUGACCACUUUUUCAUAGCCCAUUAAGUGAAGAAAUACUCAACAUUUUAAUAAUUAAAUUACAGUACUGACAUUCAUGUCUUAUAGAAAACACAUUCAUAAGGAUAUUUACAAUAAAUUCACAACUUAUGAACAUGUUCAAAUGUAUCUGCAUCAGUGAAUUUAGAUCUUCAUGAAAAUGCUACCACAGGAAAAAGAAGGAAAAAACACUCAAUUACAAAAUUUUAUAUCCAUCCAAAAAAAAGGAGUAAAUAUGGCUGCCCUUAUUUUUGCAGUCCAUUCUUAACAUCCUGUGUUCAUAGGUGCUAUUCAUCAUUUAAUACUUGAAAUACCUUUUCAAAAGUAAGAUUAAGUAAAAAUUGUAUUUUUUUUCUUCUUUUUUUUGUUUUACUAAUGAUGGGGAUGAUUGCAUCCUAAAACGUAACACCACUAAAUAUUUCAGCUCUGUACACACUUCUGUUUGUCUCAUUCCUGUCUUCUAAAUGUUUAAAAGCAUAAAUGUAAUUCUUUAUUUCUUUACAUAAACACUUUUUAACAAUUGUAUGGCAUUCACAAAUAGUAGCUUUGUACUCCAAUUGCACUUUUAUAUUCUUACAGUACGUUUCUGUAUCUAUAUUUAACGUUUGGCUUGAAUAAAUGGUUUGAAGAGU